AUGCUUGACUUGAGCUCGUUAGACCAACCAUCUGACCAAUCCUGGGCUGACAUGGUGGAUGAGGAACUAGAAAACGUUCAGUCAGAUGACGGUAAAUCCACAAGCACCCCUUCAUCUGAACACACACCUUCCCACGCCAAUGGGGCAAGUGCAUCGAAUGCAUCAGCUGUUGAAUCUAAACCAGCGAGAGAUGAGCAACCUAAGGAAGAGAAGGAGAAGCAAGCUGACAGCAGUAGUGGGGUCGUAUGGAGGAUACCGGAUGCUAAGCAACGGCAAGAACAAAAGAGUGUACUUCAAAUGCUUAUUGAACGACGCAAGAACCUUGAAAAGCUAAACGAUGAGCAGAAGCAACAACAACAACAAGAUCGAAGGCGUGAGUCAUAUAAACGAGAACAACGACGAGAUGUGGAAGAACGACGCCAAUCAUCUGCUGGAAGAAGCGAUUCUGUUGAUAGUUGGAGACGACCCAUUGGGAAGUAUGAGCGGAUUCCUGUGCGACCUUUGGAGGAGAAUAAGAUCAGUCAAUGGGCAAGCUAUUCAGCAACAUUGCAAAAGGAAUUCAAGGAAGAACAAGAGGAGGCUCAACGUGAAUUCAUUAGACGAUUUGGAUCAAAGGCAGCCAACGAUAGAAUGGAUGGUAGCAACAGCAGCAAUGGCAGCAACAGCCCCAAAGCAGCAACAUCAACACCUCUCGAGAUCAAGAUUUCAGCUGAUGGUCCUAGCGAUUGGGCCGAUGAUUUUCCAUCAGAUGACGAGUGGCCUGUGCACCAUGACGAUGAUGAUGGCGAGAAUGUGGAAUCCGGCAGGGCGACUGCAAAGGAGGAUAUUACAAAGGAUGAGAAUGAGCUUGUCAAUGAAAUGCAAAAGACUCGGCUUGAGGAAGAAUCAUCACCUAUUGUGGAUGAGAGCAAGACCAAUAGUAGACCCACUGUAGCAGCUGUGCCGGUUGAAAACAAUAGCGCCAAUGACGCUUCAGCACCAGAGCAUGAUGGUACACUUGACAAUGAAGAAAAGGAUAUGGAUCAAAAGCAGCAGCAGCAACCGGACGAGGUAUCUAUGGGAUGGCAAGCAUUUGCAGAGAAUGGAACAAAGCCAAUAGAAAACAAGAAAGAAGAGGAAGAGCAACAUCAACCCAACGAUACGUCAGCGAGCAGUGAUAUUGAUCAGCAGCAGCAGCGACAACAACCACCACCAGCAGCAGUCAAGAGUGCUGUUCAUGAAUUACCAGGUCAACUCAAAUGGGCGGCUUUUGCACAUGAAGAAUCACAAAAGAAGACCAUGAAAACGCCCAUUAUUCAUGCAUCACCAAGCGUAUCAUCCGGAACAUCAGCCUCUUAUAGCAGCCGAGAUCCACCACACACACCUGAUGAGGGUACACGAGCACAAUCGCCAUCUUGUAGCACAUCCACUACCAACAGCGAUAAACAACCACCAUCUUCUUCAUUAUCAUUAUCAUCCUCACCACCACAACCAAGACAACGAUCGCCAUCACCUUUGAAAAAGAAAACGCCAUUACCUGCUCGUUCAGCGCGUUCACAAAUCAUGGGCCAUCUAUUAAAGAAUGAGAGGAAACCUCGUCCACUGACUACAACAGAAAACAAGGUCGCACAGCAAUUACAGCAACCCGCCAUGGUGGAAUUCAAGGAACGUCAGACGCAUGUGGAACGUGUAUAUCCCAGCACUUUAGAAACAUCCAGUGUUACCAGCGAUCAUGAAACAGCUUCGGUUGCCACUAGCAACAGCCAUCACUCGACGACAGCGGAUCAUCAUCAUUCAACAUCACCAUCGCAACCAAAGCCUAUCAACAUCAAUAACGAUCGAGCUGUCAAUGGCUGGCAGUUGUUUGCACAAGAGCAUGAUACAACGGCAGAGAUGCAUCGUUCACCACGAUCUUAUCGUUAA